UAAGGUGCCACAAGGACUCCUCGUUCUUUUUGCUGAAACAGACUAACACACUACCACUCUGAAACUCUAGAUAUUAUUAGUUACCAUCCUUAUCCUUGUACAUCCAACAAAACAUCCUCAGUCACUAUCCUGCCAUCCCCUCGUUAUCUUUAUAGGGGGUUUGGGUCUUCCUGGACCAUCUCUUAGGAAUGUGUUUACAUAGUUACUUGAGAACUUUGUGUUUCUGCACCAUCCUCUCAGGUCAGGAACGUGCUUUCCUGGUUAGCUGACACCUUGUGUGGUGGUGUUCUGCCAAAGCCUACUCUGGUUCAUACUCUUAGUUAUGCCUACGGUUCCAGCAAGACCUACAAUGUGACUAAAACAGUGUGUAGGGAGCAGUGCUAGGAGUCGCUCUCCUGAGUUAGCAUUAAUAAGAGCAAUGGUGAGGUUCAGCCCACCAAUCCGUGCUUCUCCAGACUAUCGGUAAUUUGGGGGAUAAAAUUACUUCAUGAUCAACACCUUAAAACAGCCCUUUCAUUGCAUCCAAAAAUACCACAGAACUCCUUCCAAUGGAUUAUUUGACGUGAUCCUCAGGAGAUGGGUCUGUGACAGGAGUGGGUGGGUGAGGUUCUGUGGCCUGCGAUGUGCAGGAGAUCAGACUAGAGGAUCAUGAUGGUCCCUUCUGCCCUUAAAGUCUGAGCUUUGCUUAACAAUUUUCCGUUACUUCCUUUUCAGGAACGUUCCUGGGGCCUAUGGACAGAUGCUCACUGAGCACUGACUGAUCAGAUAAGUAUUAUCCAGUCACUCUCCUCUCAACAAACAAACUCAAACAAACUCUAAUCCCAGGCUUGGUUCUCUGUAGGUACCAUUGAUUCUUUAGAGGAUCUUUCUGCUCUCUCCCCUCAGAUUCUGCUGAGAGACCAGCUCAUCAUUUGUCCCAGGAAAUGACAAUCAGUUUCACUGCUGAGGAGGAUUAGGCUGCCCAUCGUCUGCUGGGAUAUCUGAUAGUUUAGGAAGGGGUCAGGAAUCACAGAAACAGUCGGGAAUCAGGUAAGUGGCAUCCCUUCUGAAUGACCCCAGGAGUUUCAGGCCCGGCUGCUCUGGUGAAGGUUACAAACCAGUUCACUUUGUAGCUCCCCUGUUCUCCUGAGUUUGUAGAUUUCCCAGAGCUGGGAGGGAGCAAGGCCUAGAUCUCCAAUGGUAUUUUGACGUUUAACCCAAUAUCUGGAGGGCUGUUUUAGUUUGAUCCCAGCAGUGUGCCUGCUUAGUAGAGGGAGAUAGGAAGGAGAUUCUCUGGCUGUGAGCACUAUGUGAAGAUACAGCUGGUCAUAGGGUUCAAGUGUUCUCAGCCUAGGAGGGUUGUGAAUGGGUGUUAAACAGCUGCAUUCGUACCUCCCUACUUGAGAGUGGGGUCCCAGCUAGAUGGCAGGUCUCAAGGGUUGGGGGGCCCUGGCAUGGAAAACGGAUAUAAACCUGUCAUGGUUAUAACCACGCAUCUGUCCAAGUAAUGAGAGAGCAGGAGCGAGUCUAUUUGUGAGUGGGAUUGAUCAGGGCCACAUUAAGGCAGAAACAUUAUCGACUCUGACUAGGGCCCUGGCUCCUGGAGUCAUGUGAUUACCUCAGACUGUUUUUUCUGUUGUUUGUUUUGUUUUUUUGCAUCUCAAAGGGGUGUUAACCCCAAAACCUGCUGUUGUGGAGGCCCCCCCAUCAAGACCACUCCAGUAAAGGACUCUGCAUGUGGCAGGAGAGGAAGAAGACAGUGGGCCCAGCUCCCACCACCCCCUCCCAAAUAAAGACACCAAUCCUGCACAAUCUCCUUGCCCUCUUCAUUCCCCUGCAUCAUGGGAAGAAAGUGGUGCACAGACCCUGGAGUGGGAACUAUGGACUUUUGUGAACCUUGCAACCAAGGGGAGACGCUGGGAAGAGGACUGUGGCCCAGGAAGGGCGAAGGGCUUGUGUUGUUUUGUUUGGAUUCUCACUUACCCCAGAAGAGGGAGGACACUUGUUGGCAUGGUGACUGUGGAGAGCUACACUGAAUUUAUUACCCAACUGCUGAGGGGAAACUGAGGCAUGGCCAGAGUUAAACUGAGGAACAGGCUCACCAGAUGCCAGGCCAGGUCAGCUGGGACUGGAACUGACUCUGCCGUGGCUGCGUAGAGCCAUUUCUUGCAGCUGGCCCCGAGCUGAUCAGAGUCCAGCACCCACGGCUGCCUCACUGCAAGGAGAGAUGCAGGAGGGAGCAGAAGCAGAUCCCCCUGAACAGCCUCUUACCAAUGCCAUAGACUCGAAGAGUGGAGGAGAAGCAGGUCAUCCAGCUAAUUCCAGCUCCAGGAAACCUGCACUAUGGUAUCGUCCAGCUGUCCUCAGAGCCAUAAUCGUGGUUAUGACGGUCGUUGUCAUCGCUCUAGUAGCAGCUUUGAUAGUGGAAAAAUCUAGGCCGUCUCCUCCUUGUCCCCCAGCUGCCUCCUGGUGCCCGGACGGCUGGAUCCGGAUCCAAGGGAAAUGUUACUAUUUUUCUAAGGCCGAAGGGAACUGGACCUACAGCCAGAGCUUCUGCUCUUCGCAUGCUGCCUCCCUGGCUGGGAUUGAGAGUCCGCAGGAGCUGGGUUCCCUGCUGCCCUACAAGGGCAAACUGGACCACUGGAUCGGCCUCCGGAAGGACACAGGCCAGGUCUGGAAAUGGGUCAACGGGACUGAAUUUGACCAUCGGUUUGAGAUACAAGGAGGUCCAGACUGUGCGUUUCUGGACGAAGACCUCAACGUCAUCAGCUCCAGCUGCAGCUCACUGAGAAAAUGGAUCUGCAGUAGACCUGAUACCCCUGUGAAGGGAGAGGAGCAUGGAGUGGGAGGGGAUUCAUGAGCUCAAGGGAAUCAGAGACUGUUAGGAUAUAUUUCAGAGUAGCAGCCGUGUUAGUCUGUAUCCGCAAAA